AUGCAGCAAUCUCCACAGAUGAUUCCGAUGGUUCCUUCAUUUCCCCCGACUAACAUCACUACCGAACAGAUCCAAAAGUAUCUUGAUGAGAACAAGAAGCUGAUAAUGGCGAUCUUGGAAAAUCAAAACCUCGGUAAACUUCAAGAAUGUGCUCAGUACCAAGCUCUUCUCCAAAAGAAUUUAAUGUAUCUCGCUGCAAUCGCUGAUGCUCAACCGCCGCCAGCAGCAGCAGCUGCACCAACACCAGGAGCCAUCACUCCCCAACCAAUGGCUUCUCAUGCGUCAUCAAUGCAGCCACCGCCUAGCUACUUCAUGCAGCAGCAGCAUCCACAAGCUAUGGGAAUGGCUCAACAAGUAUCUCCCGGGAUUUUCCCUCCGAGAGGUCCAUUGCAAUUUGGUAAUCUGCAUCAGUUUCAAGAUCCGCAGCAACAACACUUACAUCAACAAGCUAUGCAAGGUCACAUGGGGAUUAGACCAAUGGCUUUGAAUAAUAACAAUGGACUUCAGCAUCCAAUGCACCACCAGGAAACUCCACUUGGCGCAAAUGCGGGUGCGAAUGAUGCUCGAGGUGGAGGUAAACAGGACGGGACCAAUGUGAGCCAGAGUGGAGCUGAUGGGCAAGGUGGCUCAGCGGCUAGACAUGGCGGUGGUGAUGGAAAAAAUGAAGGAAAAUGA